AUGAAUUUGAAAAGAAUCAAAUGUUCAUCAAAGAAGGAAGAAAAGCGAUUAUUUCAUAUUGAUCAAAUCUGGAAGUUUUCUUGUUAAAAAAAUAAUGAAUUCAAUUAAACAAAUGUUAAUGUAAAUAGAAUUACUAAACAAUUAAGCUCUUUGAAAUUGGAGAACUGCAGGUGUUUGGUUUCUAUCAUCUCAACAUUAAAUUGCCACAUGAAUAGUCUCUUCUCUGUAAUACAUCAGAAGGCUAUGCAUACAAAAUUAAUAGAACCUCCUUGGUUGAAAGAAUGUUCGAAUAAUAAGGUGAUGAACUUAAACAUCACAGAAUUGAACUACAGCAAUUAGCUAAUUUAAGGACAGAAAAGUGAAGUCAAAACGGCAAAUAUUUAUCCACAAUACUUUUGCAAAAAUAUUAACAUGAUAUUAUCGAAGAACAUUCACAGAUAACUUAACCCAUAAAAAAUGAUAAGCUGA